AUGCACGUUAAAAUCAUAGAAACCGCUGUCAUCGUUCCAUCUGCACCUCCAUUUAACGACGAUCACGUCCUCUCUCUCUCCCACCUCGACAACGACCCCAACCUCCGCGUCAGCUUCCGUUAUGUCCGCGCCUACCACAACACCAACCCAUCCACUCCCUCCUCCAACCCCCGCCACGUCAUCUCCGCAGCCCUCUCCGCCGCUCUCGUCCAUUACUACCCUCUCGCCGCCACUCUCCGCCGCCGCCCCGACCACCGCUUCGAGCUAUUCUGCUCCAACGGCCAGGGCGUCCCCCUUAUUUUUGCCUCUUCGGACGCCACUCUUGACUCCGUCAGCUACCUCGAUGACCCGGCUGCGGAUUUCAUCGAACAGUUGGUGCCCGACCCGAACCCCGACGAGGCCAUGGUCCACCCGUGCGUGCUGCAAGUCACGGUGUUCGAGUGCGGCGGGUUCACCCUCGGAGCCGCCAUUAACCACGCGCUGUGCGACGGAAUGGGAGCCACCCAGUUUUUCAAUGCCGUGGCUGAGUUGGCUCGCGGAGCGACCCGGGUGUCGGUUGAGCCCGUAUGGGACCGGGCGAGCUUGCUGGGACCCAGAGACCCUCCCCGAAUUGGGGCACCGGUACUGCAUGAGUGCUUGAGUUUGGAGAGGGGGUUCUCACCGUACGGACAGGCAAAGAUGGUGGGCCCAGUUGCGAGGGAGUGCUUUCAUGUGAGGGACGAGUCUCUGGAGCGAUUCAAGAGCGAGCUGUUGGAGCAGUCCGGGCUGAGCUUCACCACUUUUGAAGCUUUAGGAGCUUUUAUAUGGCGCGCCAAGAUUAAAGCCUUGAAGCUUCCAGGUAAUGAGAAGGUGACAUUUGCAUACUCAAUCAACGUACGAAAACUAGUGAGCCCUCCAUUACCAGCUGGGCAUUGGGGCAACGGAUGCGUUGCAAUGUACGUGAAGCUGAGCGCCGAAGACUUAACAGAGAAACCCAUUUGGGCAGUGGCCGAGCAGAUUAAGAAGAGCAAAAGCAACACCACGGAUGAGUACGUGCGGUCCUUCAUCGAUUUUCAGGAGCUUCAUUAUGAGGAAGGGAUCACGGCAGGAAAAGAGGUGAGUGGGUUCACAGAUUGGAGGCACCUGCGCCACUCCACAGUUGAUUUUGGCUGGGGAGGUCCUGUGACCGUUUUGCCCCUCUCAAGGAACUUGCUUGGCAGCGUUGAGCCUUGCUUUUUCUUGCCUCCUCCUUCGUCUGCGAGAGAAGGGAAGAAAGAUGGGUUCAGGGUUUUGGUGAAUCUGAGGCAGAGUGCUAUGUCUGCUUUUAGAGAGGAGAUGGAGAAGUUUAGCUGCCACGAAUUUGGAUUGCCUUGA